AUGUCCACCCAAUCGCGCGACGAAUUAUCUCAAAUUACUCACGAUUUGAAACAAAGUUUAAUACAACGAAAACCGACGCAAUCGCCAUUUGAAAAUAUUCUUCAACAAGCUGCUAAACAACAACAACAGCAACAACAACAACAACCAACACAGCCGCCUACAACUGCUGACAUAAUGCGUGAUAUUGAAUCAAUGGAAUCACCAAAGUCCAUCUCCUUGUUAACAGAAUUAUAUCAAUUACGCGAUUUAAUAUUACCCACUCCUCCUGUCACCACAUCAUUUUCCCCGAAGAAAAAGUUUAUUAUACGAAAUCAAUCCCAGACAGAUGAUGUCUCUUUGAACAAUUCUACUAGCAACGAUUCGUCAUUUAUUAAAAUUAUUAUCGAUCAAAAACCUUACAGAGUUCAGGUUCAAAAACAAGAGACUAGUAAUAAACGACCUAUUGAACAAGAAACAAACACUCAGAAUUCUUCAUUUUUAUCAUCUACAACUCAAAAUAUGUCAAAUGAGGUGACAUCAAGUAAUCAAAUUUUAAAAGUAAAACGUCAACGUAUGUCUCAAUCACCAGUGUCAAAUAUUCAACUAUCUGUUAUCAAUGAGUCUAGUAAUGAUGCUGUUCGACGUAAACAUUUACGUGAUAGUAAUCGUGAAGCAGCAAGACGAUGUCGUGAAAGACGUCGUCAACAUAUUGAAAUAUUAGAGAAAAAUUUGGAAAGUGAACGACAAAAAACUUUAAAAUUAGAAGCCGAUAUACAAGAUUUGAAACAAGAAAAUACACAAUUGAAAAAAAUUCUUGUUGAAACAACAAAAUUAUCUUUAACAUCUCUUGUAUAA